CAUCUGAAGGCUCUUAUUGUAAAAAAUUGACAAACAGUCUGCACGUGCUCAGAAUAAUGGAGAGUAAACCUAAAGUAGCCAAAGUGGAGGAGUCCUCUAAUGGAAUGGAAGUCGAUACAGCUGCAUCUAAUCAUGUCGAUGAUAGCAAGGAACAAAGUUUGAAGCAAGCUUCUUCGACAGCGUCUGGUUCGAGGCCUCCUGCUUCUGAAAUGACAAGUGCUGAUUAUUAUUUUGAUUCUUACGCACAUUUUGGGAUCCAUGAGGAAAUGAUCAAGGAUGAAGUUCGUACAACAACAUAUCGCAAUGCAAUGUACUAUAACAAGCACUUGUUUCGGGAUAAAGUAGUUCUUGAUGUGGGCUGUGGAACUGGAAUUUUGUCCAUGUUUGCUGCAAAGGCUGGUGCAAAACAUGUGUAUGCUGUUGACUUCUCUUCAAUCAUUGACUACAGUAAACAGAUAAUCAAGGACAAUAAUUUCGAAGAAGUGAUCACCCUCAUCAAAGGUAAAAUAGAAGAAAUUGAACUGCCUGUUGAACAGGUUGAUAUCAUCAUCAGCGAGUGGAUGGGUUACUGUCUUUUAUAUGAGUCCAUGUUGGAUACAGUUUUAUUUGCUCGCGAUAAAUGGCUGAAACCAGGGGGACUCUUGUUCCCAGACAAGGCACAACUGUAUCUCUGUGCUAUUGAGGACAGGCAGUACAAAGAAGACAAAAUUUAUUGGUGGGACAAUGUUUAUGGCUUUGAUAUGAGCUGUAUCAGGAAAGUUGCCCUGACAGAGCCUCUUGUGGAUGUGGUGGAGGCUAAGCAAGUAGUUUCUAAUUCCUGUCUCGUAAAGGAAAUUGACUUGCAUACUGUGAAGAAAGAAGACUUGUCGUUCAGUGCACCUUUUCAGCUGUAUUGCAGGCGGAAUGAUUAUGUCCAUGCGCUUGUUGCCUUCUUUACCAUCGAAUUCACACAUUGUCACAAGAGGACUGGGUUCUCAACCGCUCCAGACUGUCACUACACUCAUUGGAAGCAGACAGUCUUCUAUCUUCAAGACUAUCUCACAGUCAAGUAUGGUGAAGAAUUAUAUGGAGAUUUCAAAAUGCAGCCAAACCCCAGGAAUAAUCGUGAUUUGGAUUUCACAAUCAGUGUAAACUUCAAUGGAGAGCUUUGUAAUUACCAAGCUUCAGACAACUACAGGAUGCGAUAGUAUAAGAGUGAAAGCCUCUACUUGUACAGUAACAAGACGAUAUUCUUAAUAUAAAAGAUGCUGCUGGUUAGCAUGUCAUUAGUAGAGCAUAUGUUGUUUAUGAUAUCAAUACCAGAUUACAGAAUCACGUUUAUGAAGGAAACGUCAGCAUCUUCUAGCUGUAGUGUUGCCAGUUAAGCACUGUAAGAAGUCUGUCUUCAUUCAAGCACUAGAGGUAGAGCUUCUUUUAAACGUACCUGGCAAAUUGCUGACAAACUCGAUAGAGACACAACGAACACAGUGACUAUGUUGGUGAUGUUAUAACCUGAUGGCAAUGAAGGGCAGGAGAUGGAUUAAGGAAAUUAUGAAAUAGAUCGAUCAAAUUGUUGUAUGGAGACUGGCAGGGACCAUUGGCAAAUAACAUAUGUAAUGCGUUUAUCACUGGAAGACAAAAAUUCGAAAUUGACUCGUACUAAGCCAUUCGAAAAAAAAUGAAUGUUGGGCGUCAUUAUUUUAAUAUUCUUUGUUGGACAUUCUCUCUACGGGUUUCGUUUGGUGUCAUCAGGCAGUUUUCUCUACAGACAGUUUUAUUUGUUCCAUUUUCAGGCAAGAGCACUUCAAAUACAAAUUGCUUUUUUGUUAUCUCCGUCCCAUUUAGUUCUGUCUUGGUUAGUUUAGCUUGUUUAAAUUUUUCUUAUUUACCUGAACUAACAUUUAGCCUUGGUAAACCAACUCUCCAUGAGCGUUUAUUAUGAAAUAGUUUAAAUUAUUGCGAAAAUGUAAGCCAAUAAAAAUGUAUUACCCUACGA